GCUAUAGUAUGAUUUUACACCCGGCACCUGUUCUCAGCUGCAGUUAGCUACACAAACAUUAUCAUGCACAACAGCAACGUUGGGGUUACUGCAGGACAAAGUGGCAACAUGAGGAGGAGGAGUUACCAGAACCCUAUCAAGCCAUUGGCCUAAGACUGAGUCUGACUGAGAGAUUCUUUCUCCUCACUCACUCACUCACACAGUGUAGAAUGACAAAAGCAACCUGGAGCUGAGAGAAGGAAAAGGAAGUCUGGUUGUGUGAAGAAUGACUCACAGGUUCAGCAGCUCAGGCAGGCCAGACUGGAAUCAUGAUGAAGAGUUUGUGGACAUACUGGAGGACAGACGGCACAGCAGUGACCUGGGCCAUGCCCUCCGAACCUUUAAUCCGCAGCCUUACCAAGGAGGCCAACCCUGCUCUGCAGCAGAACUCACCAAAACUGUCCUGGAGUCCCAGCAUCUGUGCUAUGUGGCCAGAGAGAUUGCUCUGGAGACCGGGUCAUCGAUAGAGGAAGUUACAGAGGAGGCUCGUCGCACUUUGGACGAAAUGUCUCAAAACCUUCAGUUGGGUUUCAUCAGGUUGAUGAGCUUCACCCUCACCAAGGUGUUCAAGAAGCUGUUCAGCAGCAUCUUUGUCAACAUGGACACUCUCAGCACGCUCCAACAAAGUAUUCAGCAGACUCCUGUGAUCCUGAUGCCCAAUCACAGGAGCUACGUGGAUUUUCUGGUCAUCUCCUACAUCAUGUUUUCUUAUGACCUGCCAAUACCGGUUAUCGCUGCAGGAAUUCCUCUUGCAGGGAUGAAGAUGGUUGGAGAAAUACUGCGACGCUCUGGAGCGUUCUUCAUCCGACGUGCCAUUGGUUCUGACAAACUCUACUGGGCAGUUCUGUCAGAAUAUGUGAAAACGAUUGUCAGGAAAGGACAUGCUCCUUUGGAGUUUUAUGUGGAGGGUUUAAGAAGUCGCACAUUGAAGUCUAUAACACCAAAGUUAGGUAUGAUGCACAUGGUGCUGGAGCCCUACCUUAAAGGUCAGGUGUUUGACAUCACAUUGGUUCCUGUCAGCAUCAGCUACGACAGAGUUCUGGAGGAGUCCUUGCUUUCCCAUGAGUUACUGGGUGUCCCCAAGCCCAAAGAGAGCACCACAGGUCUGCUCAAGGCAAGUUCAGUCCUUCAGGAUAGUUAUGGUGCCAUGCACGUGAACUUUGGUCAUCCUCUCUCAGUCAGAGAGCUUCUUAAGGGGAAGAUAAACCGCUGCCAGUACAACUUCGUACCCAGAGAUCUCCCGCAGAAGCCCAGUGCAGAGGUCCAGGCCUGCGUGAGUUGGCUGGCACAUGUUGUGGUUGGAACCCAGGAGCAGGGCUCUGUAAUCAGCCCCUGGUCUCUGAUGACCUGCCUGUUGCUCCAGGCUCCCAUCACUGUCCUUACAGUUGAGGGGUUUCCAUGGCACCAGCUCACAGAGAAGACCCUCUGGCUGAAGAGGCUGGUGCUGAACUAUGGGGUUCGUUUGAACUGGUCAGGACAAACCUCUGAUUCAGAUGUUAUGUCAUCGUCCCUGACCCUGCACCGCUCUGUGGUUCAGAGGAAAGCCGACCGCGUCUACCUGGUCAGGGAAAAAAAUGAACCUAGAAGGCGUCCAGUCAGUGAAGAGGCUUCUGUGACAGCGACAGCAAAGUCAGUGCUGAUGCUGGCCGCCUACCGUAAUCAGUCGAUGCACGUGUUCGUGAGGCCAGCCCUGCUGGCCGUGGCCUUGAACAUCACUAGAAGCACACAGAAAAAUGAGCUGUUUGCGUUCUUUUGCUUCUUACAGAGUCUCUUCUCCUAUGAGUUUAUUUUCAUUCCUGGAAUGCAAUUCGAGGACUUUGAGGACGCCUGUCUGCUCCUGAAGAAAUGUGGCGCAAUCCGUAUCAACUCAGAUGAAGUGAUAGUGUCAGACAGUGGACAGGAGAUACUGUCCUUCCAUCAGUCUCUAAUACAACCCUUCAUAGAUUCCUAUCAGGUGACGUUCAGUUCCCUCUCCGAACAAGAACCUGAUGUGUUCACAGACAAACAGUUCCUACCUGCCGUGAGGAACCUGGCGACCAGACUGCUCCUCUCAGGUGAAGUUCACACCUAUGAAGCUCUUUCCUCCGAUACACAGAAAAACUCUCUGUCUGCCCUUCAGAGGCUGGAGGCUGUCAGGAAGCUGAGAGCGUCUGAGAACAGCGAAUACAAAGUGGACAAAGCUGCUGUUAAACAUCUGGCAGACAGACUUUCUGGGAGAGUUCCUGCACAGGCCCUUCACACUCCACCUAAUUCAAGGCUAUAGUCACUGAUGGACCUACUUUAUCCUUUAUUACUGUCCCACAGUCCUAGAAAUCCUUUCUCCUCUUCCUAUUGGCACAGCCGCAGCUGCUGCACCGCGUUUACUGGGGAUGAGAAGCAGACGAGGGCAGGUUCAGUAAACAAUUCUGUAAGCAUGCAAUCAAACAAUCAAAGAAACUAAAGUCCCUCCCUCAGCCUUUUCCUGUACACCGUGGCACUGUGUGUAAUUAGGCACCUACACUAGUCAUCUUGUUAAGUUAAUUAAUUUUAAAUUUCAGGAUUAAAGCCAAUAUUAUGACUUUU